UGGGCUCUUUUUAAUGCUUAACACCUCAACACCCGGGGACACACCCCGCGACUACGAGCUCAGCUCUUCAUUAAUUUUAACAUAAAUUGUUGUAUAGAAAUUUUAUGCCACGCGGAGCGUUAAGUGGCGGAAAGUGGGGGCGGAUCGGGACAGGAGUUGCCUUGCGGUUGUGGCAGAAGGACAGGCGACUCUAAUGGAUUUUUCAAAUAUCACCAACUGCUGUGAACUUAAUGAGCACAUCCCUAACAAGAGUGUUCGAUUGACACACUCCACAAAGGCUGUGCUAGCUUUAAUCGAAGCCGUUGAAGGUCUCUGGGGUUGAUUUGAAAUGAUAUACCCAUAUUUUCUAAUUAUUUCUACUGAAAUAGAAAGCUUGACUAUGACUACUAUCUAAAAUUUCUUUUGAAAUAAUGGUUGGCAACAUAUGCUACCUGUGAUUUGUAACAGCUUUUUUAGUUUUGUUCCUAGAAGAAAAUUGAUAUUCUUGAAAUACUUUCUAAAGUGCGUCAAAUAAAUAAGCGUACUUCUCCUAAUAGAACCCACAGUCUGUGAACAAAAAUGGAGCUGAAUUGGUUGAAACUCGUAAUGCUGCUCAAAUGGUUUCACUUUGGAUGGGGCGAGUUUAUCGACUUUUGCGAACUGCCCUACUGCGGAACCAAUAACUUAGCCUGCAACAAUCCAUCUAAAUACAGUGUCAUGUGUCCGUCGAAUGCCAGAACUCUUUCCAUGUCGAGGUACCGAAAUGCUUUACUAAACGCUUUCAAUGAGUUUCGCAACUAUACGGCCGGUGGAAGGCAGAAGUAUCUCAAAGGAGGGGCUGCACGAAUGUCCCGAUUGAGUUACUCUACGGAUCUUGAGGAUUUAGCACGAAUGGCGGUCAUCACGUGCUCUGCACACAAGUUUUGCCUGAGCUCACCGGAGUUCUACUACGUAGGCACCAACCAAGGAUCAACCUACUAUCUGGGGAGAUUGAACGAUUUCGAGGACCUCGAACUCAUGCUGAGGACCAUCCAAGAUUGGACCAAAUAUGCGGAUUACAUCAAUAUGAAAAUGGCUCUCUAUAUGCCGAUUACUUUGGAUAAAAGUGGAGCUGCAAAAGCUUUACUUCUUAUGACAGAUCGGAACACCCACGUGGGCUGCUCGGCAAUGCGAUUCACAGUGAACUCCGUCCACAAUUUCAUCUUCGUGUGCGCCUUUAGUACAGAUAUUUUCGUAGAACGUCCCAUUUAUCGGAUGUCCAGUAAACCAGGAAGUGCCUGUAAGCGGUUGGAUCCUACCUAUUCAGCUUUGUGUGCCGUUGGCGAGAGCUACGAUAAUAAUAAGCCCCUGCCCAACGCAAUGGUGUUCCAAUUACCCCUCGACAUAUCCAAGGGUCGACAGUCUUAUGUUCCUGCCACAUAGACCAAGCUUUAAGUAAACUUUUAAAUUCGCAUAGCAAAA